CACUGUUUGUUAUUGUUGCGAGUCGACUCGAUCGUUUGCGUUCCCGUGCGUAGUAGAGAAACGGCACGGCGGUUUUGGUUGUGGUUCUUCGUGCCCCUGGCCAUCCGGAAGUGGAGUUUUCGGACUGAUGGACUACUAAAAUGCCCAUCCAACUGUACCGUGCGCCAGCAAUCGCGUUCAAACCCGCAACGAACGGACGGCAGUACUGUAGCGUGUACUGAAACACACACACAGGGACUAAAAUUCACCAAACGAUCAAAACUAUGACGAAUGCUCGCGUAAACUGCAGCGAGCUGUUCCCCAGCCGGAAGAGUAUUUUAAUUUUUAUUACCUACAUGUCACUGUUUGUCAGCCAGGGCAUACUGGUGACCGCUUCACAGCGAUCCGAUAACUCGUACAGCUACAACACCGUGCUGGUGGUGCUGCUGACGGAAACCCUGAAGCUUGUGAUAUCGGCCGGGCUGUAUUGCAGAGAAAACAGCUUUAAAUCGCUUAUCGCACGCGUAAUUGAAGCGAGCGAUGUGCUGCUGCUGUACUUUGUGCCGGCCUUCCUAUACUGUCUGUACAACAAUUUGGCGUUCGUGAAUCUUUCCACCUUCGACCCAACCACCUACUAUUUGCUGCUUCAGUUGCGCGUGGUCAUAACGGGCAUACUGUUCCAGAUUAUCUUCAAAAAGUAUCUCAGCCGGAAGCAAUGGUUCUCGCUGCUGCUGCUCACCGUCGGCUGCAUGCUGAAGCAGUGGAAUUUUUCACUAUUUUCCGCCUCCGCGGACUCACCAGAAGCCGUAACUGCGGCGGCGGCGGAAAACGCUGCCGGAUCGCUGCCGGAAUCGCCGGCCGAUGGUACCUUCCGGGGUAAAAACAUCUCCGGGUUCGACCUCAGCUACAGUGCGUUGCUUAUCCUGGUGCAGACGGUUUGCUCCUGCCUGGCGGGCGUGUACAACGAGUAUCUGCUGAAGAAGAAAGGGUCUGACAUUAACAUCUACGUGCAGAACGUGUUCAUGUACCUGGACUCGAUCGUUUGCAACCUGCUGAUCCUGCUGCUGCAGGGCGAGCUGGUCGGUGCGUUUACGCGGGAGAAUUUGCGCGAAAUCGCCCGGUUCGAGGUGGUCGUCAUCAUGCUGAACAAUGCCGCGAUCGGCAUCAUCACGAGCUUCUUUCUCAAGUACAUGAACUCGAUACUGAAAACGUUUGCCAGUGCGCUGGAGCUGAUGUUUACGGCGGUGCUGUGCUACCUGCUGUUUGCCAUUCCGGUCUAUCUCAACACGAUACUGGCCAUCUUCGUGGUGUCGUACGCGAUCUACCUGUACUCGCUAAAUCCGGUCGUGAAUCUGUCCAACACACCGGGCGCUUCGAAGGCGGCACUCAAUCUGUCACAGCGAAACACGGACGACCGGAAGUCGCUAUUGCGAACCGGUGGUGCACGUUCGCGGGCCAAUGUGAGCGAUUCGGAGGACGAGGCCAGCGGUGCACUUCAAAUGCAGGAGGUGUGAUAGGUUUACAGGGCAGUUGGUUCCUGCAACUUUACAGCGAUUAUCUUAUACAAAGUGACAUCGAGGCACCAUUACACACCGAAGGAUUGUGUGUAGAGUGUGGCAAGUGCUGGGCAAUGUAAUCUAUAAGAUGCAGAAACAUAUUUAUUUCCAUUAUUUAGCAUUAGGCUUUACACAACACAGGAUUGGAAAUGUUUAUUACGAAAUGUACCACGAUGCAAAGCAUACACACAUGGCGAAAAGUUAUUACUUCAAAAUACUUUGUUAACAACAACGAGAUACGGUUCCCGCACCAGCCGUGAUAUAUAUAGUGGAAAAUAAAUAGUAUGACACACAAAACAGUUAAUCCUUAUA